UUGGCGGGAGUAGCUGAAACAUGCUUCGGUCACGGACUGACUCAGUGCUCGCAACCAAAAACAAAAACGAGGAUCGAGCCCUUUUAAAAAACACGGACACUCAUACUUGGUUUGACAUUAUGGGCAUCUAUCCAUCUCCUGUCGUAUUCGCUCUCCUACUGGUGCUGCCGCUGGUAUCAUGUUUUAGUCAAUAUCCAGGAAGUAUCCGAGAUACAAGGGCUCUUUCGGCCGUCAUCAGAUCGAAGAAUACUGCCAUCAGCAGGAAAGAUUCUUGUAAACGAUUGUUGGUGGCGUCAUCUAAUAGCAACCACCGCAAUCACCAACCAUACACAAACAACAAUCACCACCAUGUCGUCGCCUCCAUCCUUUUGCCCAUUGCUAUUUUUUGGGCAACCUCCCUACCUGCUGCUGCUACUGCCGACAGUGCGUUGUCUACCAAUGACUACACCGACCCACUACAUCCCCAAUGCCAACGACACAUUGAAGUCAAUGCCGAUGGCGAAACCUUGCGCUACUCUGGCACUACCGUAGUAGGCGAUGGAAGAGGAUGCAGUCCCAAAGAAGCAAAAGCCGUUGGUGGCAUUCGGCGAUUCGUCUACGAGGGAACGCUCGAUGGCAACAACAACAAGAUGAUAGUAUCGCUGGGGGAUGGCAGUCAUACACAAGGUGUCUGGGAAUCCGAUGGGAUCCGAUGGCAAGAUGGUAGCAAAUGGAUGGUUCAAGAAAAGACUUUGGCUGUGAAAGCAGGGGAAGUCAUUACCUUUUCCUACAUUGGAUUCAGUCUCUUGGCGGGAGUCAAGGGUGUCUACAACGUGGCUCAAAAGAAAAAGGAAGAGUCAGCUUUGAAGUAGCUAUUGGCUAGAUAGUCAUUCAUUCAUUCAUUCAUUAAGCAUAGCAUAGACAAGAUGUUUUGAAACGC